GCUCAGUUGAACGAGAGCCUGACACCUGAGAGCUGCACAGACGAGGGCGCCCAUACUGGUGGGAAGCGAAAAAGACGGAAGAGUUGUUUUGCGUUAACAUGCGGCGAACCGAGAGCACACACGUCCAACAGCAGCACCGAAGACGAUCUUAAAACUUUGUAUGACUUUCACGCUGUUCCACGGAACGGCAGAACUCGCCUGGCGCAUGAGGCGCGUUUUGCGCUUCAUGGAGCUCUGUAAAUGAUAAGACCUGCACUCAGCAUCUACAGGGGUCUCCAAUGUGGAACAUGGCAAGAGGGGGGAUGAGAGGAACUCAUCUCCUCGCUGUACUCUUUUCUUUGACUGCAGUACUUUUAAGGGAUGCAAAUGGACAAGGGACCGCACAUGGAUUCACAGGUUACAGUUUGAGUCCUCCAUAUUUUAAUCUCGCUCAGGGCUCCACGAUCUCUGCCACAGCAACCUGCGGCCAGGAUGAGGCUGAUAGACCCAGAUAUGAUUUGUACUGUAAGCUCGUCGGAGGACCGAACGUUGGACUAACUAGUCAAAACAUACGGGGUCAGUUCUGUGAUUACUGCAACUCCAUUGAUCAAAACAAAGCCCACCCAGUGACCAAUGCCAUUGAUGGGACAGAGCGGUGGUGGCAGAGCCCUCCUCUUUCCAGAGGGCCGGGGUACAAUGAAGUGAAUGUAACCCUAGACCUGGGGCAGCUCUUUCACGUGGCUUACGUCCUCAUCAAAUUUGCUAAUUCACCUCGCCCUGACCUGUGGGUGUUAGAGCACUCCGUGGACAACGGCAGGACAUAUAUACCAUGGCAGUAUUUUGCACAUUCCAAGCAUGAGUGUAUUGAAAGGUUUGGGAAGCAGCCCAAUGCUCGUAUAUUAAAUGACAAUGACCAGAUCUGCACCACAGACUACUCCCGGAUCCUGCCUUUGGAAAACGGAGAGAUUGUGAUCUCUCUGGUCAACGGUCGACCGGGCUCUAAAAACUUCACCUACUCUCCGGUGCUGAGAGAUUUCACUAAGGCCACUAACAUCCGUCUGCGUUUCCUCCGCACCAGCACCCUGCUGGGCCACCUCAUCUCCAAGGCUCAGCGAGACCCCACCGUUACACGCAGGUACUAUUAUAGCAUCAAAGACAUCAGCAUAGGUGGACGCUGCGUGUGUCACGGACAUGCACUGGUUUGUGGGGGAGGGCGUAACCCAGACAACCCAAACAGGCGCCAGUGCGAUUGCCAACACAACACCUGUGGUGAGUCAUGUGACCGCUGCUGCCCAGGUUUCAACCAGAAGCCCUGGCGUGCCGCUACUGUCAGUAGCCCCAACGAGUGUCAGCCCUGCCAGUGCUUCUCCCAUGCAUUUGACUGUUAUUAUGACCCAGAGGUGGAGAGGAGAGGAGCAAGUUUAGACACCUACGGCAGGUAUGACGGAGGGGGAGUGUGCAUCGGCUGCCAGCACAACACUGCUGGAGUGAACUGUGAGCGGUGCCUUGACGGCUUCUACAGACCGCAUGGAGUACCAGCUGAGGCUCCCACUGGAUGCAUACCCUGCAGGUGUGAUGACAGGACGACGGCCGGGUGUGAGAUGGGCUCUGGAAGGUGUAUCUGCAAACCGCAGUUUGCCGGAGAGAACUGUGAUCACUGUGCAAACGGAUAUUAUCACUACCCACUGUGCAACCGAUAUCCUUUGUAUCCAACAACCACCAAAUCCUCUGCUGGUCCUAUUGUGGUGCCUACUCUUUGCCCUCCAGGUUAUUUUGGUUCACCCACCUGUCAACCAUGUGUGUGUGACUACAGAGGUACAACAUACGCCGUGUGUGACUCUUCUGGACGAUGCCUGUGCCGUGAAGGCGUAGAGGGGCAACGCUGUGACCGCUGUCGACCUGGAUACCACUCGUUCCCGAACUGCGAAGCGUGUCGCUGCGAUGGGUCCGGUGUGUCCGACAGCGUCUGCACUUCAGGGGGUCAGUGUGUUUGUCUGGCCAGCUACAGGGGGCAGGAGUGUGAUGAAUGUGCACCAGGCUACUACGGCUAUCCAGAUUGUGCUGCCUGCAGAUGUUCUCCUGAAGGUUCCCAUGGCAACAUAUGCAACCCCUUGUCUGGUCAGUGCCUGUGUCUGCAAGGGGUUGUGGGACAGCAGUGUGACCGCUGUGCCUCUGGUCAGAGGUUUCCACAGUGUGCAGCCUCCAUUGUUCAGUGUUAUUCUCCAGGGACUGAGGUUGCCAAUCCUGAAACGGGCUCGUGUCAAUGUCUGCCCAAUGUGGAGGGAACCCUGUGCAACAGGUGUAAACCUCUGUACUGGAACCUGGCUGCAGAGAAUCCUCGAGGCUGCGUAGAGUGUCGGUGUGAUUUGAAAGGAACACUGAGUGGCGUUGGAGAGUGUGCACAGAGAAGCGGACAGUGUCACUGUAAGCCCAAUGCAUGUGGACUGUCAUGUGACACGUGUAAGGACGGACACUUCCUGCUGCAGAAAAAGGACUAUUUUGGUUGUCAGGGCUGUCACUGUGACGUUGGUGGCGCUGUGAGCAUGGACUGUGACGAGAACACAGGGCAGUGUUGGUGUCGGAAGAAUGUAGUGGGCGUUAAAUGCACAGAGCCGGCACCAAACUACUACUUUCCUACUUUACAUCACCUGAAGUUUGAAGUGGAGGACGGCACCACACCAAACGCCAGACCUGUGCGCUUUGGUUUUAACCCUGGGGAGUUUCCAGACUUCAGCUGGAGAGGAUACGCUGUGAUGUCGCCUGCUCAGAGUGAAGUCAGAGUAGCUGUGCAUGUUGACCCCAAAGACGGGAGCCAGUACUUAUACCGCGUGGUUCUGAGAUUCAUUAACCCACACAGUGCUGCUGUGGCUGGUAGCAUCAAGGCUACUAAUACCAGAGGUGCUGCAGGGGCAGAACAGAGUAAGGAAGUAAUAUUCCCCGAGAGCCGCUCCCCAUCCUUCCUCACGGUCCCGGGAGACGGAUUUGCCGAGCCGUUUGCUCUGACUCCUGGGAAAUGGAUCAUUCACAUAAAGGCGGAGGGCGUACUGCUGGACUACUUAGUGCUGCUGCCCAGAGAAUACUACGAAGCUCCUCUGCUGCAGGAGAAAGUCACGCAGCCCUGCACGUACCUGCCCGCAGCAAACAGGAACACAAACUGUCUGUUGUACAAGCAUGUGACCAUGGAUGGUUUUAGCUCAGUCCUGGGCCGAGAGGGAAGACUCACCAGCCGCUCUGGACGCAGGAGGCGGCAGGCCCGCGUGUCGCGUCCCACCCCAGAUCACCCCGAGAUGGCUGCCCUCAGUGGCAGACAGUCUCAGCUUCAGCUCAGUUUGCGUUUGCCUCACUCUGGCUCCUAUGCCCUUGUCCUGGAGUACGCCAGUGAGACUGACGCUGUCCAGAAUGUCAACGUUCUCAUCAGCGGCCAGCAGGACGGUCACAUCCCGGCCAGGGCUAAUAUUUAUAGCUGUGCCUACAGUUUUUUGUGUCGGAGCGUGGCCGUGGACAGCAGCAACCAAGUGGCAGUGUUACAGCUCUCACACAGGACGGAGAUCCUGCUGCUGACAUCCACCACUUCUUUCCUGCUGUACAAAGUUUACGCAGUGCCUGCCGAGGAGUUCUCCAUGGACCAUGUCAAACCCAGGGUGCUGUGUGUGUCCAAACACGGACGCUUCACAGAGGACAGUCGACAUUGCACGACGAGGCAGUUCGAUAAACCGGCAGAAGGUUUGAUUCUGUACGCCGCCCGUGAUGGACUGCUGUCAUCUACGCCAGUUGCUGCUCCUCAGCGAGGAAACAAUGAUGAACCAAGACAGAGAAGACAGUCUGGAGUUGAACCCCAAACUGCCGGAGUGCUCCUCAAAUUCCCUCAGACAGAGAUCACGAUCACUCCUCGAGUGCCACUCCCAGGCAGGUAUGUGGUCGUCAUCCAUUACCACCAGCCAGAACAUACCUCCUUCCCUGUGGAGGUCAGAGUAAACACAGGCCGCGACUGGAGGGGUUCCAUAAAUGCAUCCUUCUGCCCUGCAGUCUCAGGCUGCAGGGAGGUCGUCGUUGCUGACGGACGCAUCGCUCUUGACUUUGCCCAAAAUUCUUGGCGGCCGCAGACCAUCUCUGUGAUUGUACCUCCCAGGAAAACCCUUAUUUUGGAUUACAUCUUACUGGUUCCUGACGACAGUUACACCCCGGAGCUGCUUAAAGAGAAGCCGCUGGAUAAUUCUGAAGAUUUCAUCCAGCUGUGUAGAGGAGAAGGGUUCUACAUCGACUGGAGAACUUCCUCCGGGUUCUGCAGAGACUCUGCUCGCUCCCUAGUGGCAGCCUACAACAAUGGAGCCUUGGAGUGUGACUGUGACACGUCCGGGUCCACGGGGUCCACAUGUGACCCUGUCGUAGGACAGUGUCCCUGCAGGGACCACGUCAUUGGCCGACGGUGCACUAAAUGUGCCACCGGAUUUUACGGCUUUCCCCACUGCAGACCCUGUGAGUGCGGUCGGCGACUGUGUGACGAGGUCACCGGACAGUGUAUCUGUCCACCGCAGACGGUCAGACCAACCUGCGAGGUCUGUGAGAAUCAGACUUUUAACUUUCAUCCUCUGCUGGGCUGCGAGGGCUGUGAGUGUUCUCCAGAUGGCAUCAGAGACGGAGCCGGACCAGAAUGUGAACCCAUCACUGGACAGUGCAACUGCAAACCGAGGAUCGGUGGCCGCAAGUGUGACCGCUGUGCUGCUGGUUUCUACCGUUUCCCCGACUGUCUCCCCUGUAAGUGUAAUCAAAGUGGUGUUACACCUCAAGUGUGUCACCCGGACACAGGGAGGUGCCUCUGCAAGAUGAAUGUUGCUGGUGUCAGGUGUGACACCUGUCGGCAGGGUUCCUUCUUCUUUGACCCGUCCAACCCUCACGGCUGUACCAGCUGCUUCUGCUUCAAGGCCACUGACCAGUGUCAGAGCUCAAGCAAACGCAGGGGGAAGUUUGUCGACAUGAGGGGUUGGCGUUUGGAGAGACCCGACCGGGAGGAGUUUCGUUCUGUGCUGAACACAGCCAGUAGCACAGUGGUGGCAGACGUCCAGGAGCUUCCUUCCACGGUGCAGACUCUACACUGGGUGGCACCACAGACCUACCUGGGAGACAGGGUCUCAUCCUACGGUGGACACCUGACCUUUCAGACCAAAUCUUUUGGGAUUCCCAGCGAAGGAAUGACUUUAAUGGGCAGACGACCUGAUGUCAUCCUGACUGGUCAGGACAUGACCUUGAUUCACAUGGCUCCACAAGUCCCGCAUCCAGACAAGCUGUACCAGGGACGUGUCCACUUGGUGGAGGGAAACUGGCGACAUGCCGUCACCAACCAACCAGUGUCCAGAGAGGAGCUGAUGAAGGUCUUAGCUAAUCUGGCAGGUCUGAGGAUCAGAGCCUUGUACUUCACCCAGACCCAGCGUCUUAGUCUGGGGGAGGUGGGCUUAGAGGAGGCGACGGACACGGGAACUGGAAGUCCCGGGAACAAUGUGGAGCAGUGUGCCUGCCCUCCGCAGUACAGCGGAGAUUCCUGUGAGAAAUGUGCUCCAGGUUUCUACAGAGACGGCAGUGGGCUCUACCUGGGCCUCUGCGUGCCCUGUGAGUGCAACGGCCGGGCUGAUGAGUGUGAGGACAGGACAGGGAGGUGCCUGAACUGUCAGUUCAACACGGCUGGGGACAAAUGUGAACGCUGCAAGGAAGGUUACUAUGGAGAUGCAGCCCAGAAGACAUGCAGGGUUUGUCCGUGUCCUUUCAGUUUGGCCUCAAACAGUUUUGCAGUGGGCUGCAGAGAAGUGUUCGGAGACGUCCAGUGCAUAUGCAAAUUAGGCUACAGUGGAGACAAAUGUGAGAGGUGUGCUCCAGGGUACUACGGCGAUCCGCUGAUACCAGGAGGGAGCUGUCAACGAUGUAACUGCAAUGGCAACGGAAACACGUGUGACUCCCGGACCGGAGUUUGCAAAAACACCCAGGAGCCUGGAGACACGGACACAGAUGAGCACUGCAAAGAGUGUGACAGCUGUGCUCAGACACUGCUGAAUGACCUGGAGAAGCUGGACGAUGACCUGAACAGCAUCAAAUCUCAGCUGGACAAUGCCACAGCCAGCACCACAUCCAAGGACAGGCUGAAGAAACUGGAGAAGGCCGUGUCAGACACCAAGGUUCUUGUCAACAAAUACAGCACUACCAUCACUGCUGAAAGGUCCAGAGUCAAACAGCUGGAAGUGGACAUGAACAGUCUCUCAGACGACAUCAGUACCCUUGACAAAAAGGCAGAUAAAAGGGCCACUGAAACAAACAAGGCAUUGGCAGAAGUUGAGAAAACCCACACGCGAGCCAAAACACUGGACACAGAGAUCAGAAACCUGCUGAUUAAAAUCCAAGCGCUCCUCGACCAGCUGAAAGAGGGAGACACCAGGGGUGACUCUGUGACCAGUGAAAACCUGGCUAAAAUGAUGGAAGAAGCCCAGCGUAUGGUGAAGGAGAUGGAGAACAAAGACUUUGACCCCCAGAAGACGGCAGCUGAGAGGGAGAGGGACGAAGCCGAAAAACUGCUUGAGCACAUCAAGGCCAAUGUCACUAAGCAGUGCACAGAGAACGAGGCUGCAGCAGAGAGACUCGAGGGUCACCUGAAGGAUUACGAAGCGAAGCUGAAAGACCUGGAAGCGGCCUUGAAGGAGGCCAAGGACUCACUGCAAAAGGCCAAUAUGGAGAAUAACCUCAGCGCUCAGGCCCUGAAAGACAUGCAGAAACGCGUCCAGGACUUGAACGAGGAGAAAAGGACGGUGGAGGACCAAAUGGCCUUGGCACAGGACGAGCUGAAGAAGGCAAAAGAUUUGGUGAAAAAGCUGACAGACAGUAAAACGGAGUAUGAACAGCUGGCUGCACAGCUGGAUGGAGCCAAGGCAGAUUUAUCCAAGAAGGUGAAAGAGAUUUCUGAAGCAGCGGCCAAGGAGAACCUUGUGCGGGCUGCAGAGGAUCACGCAGAGGAACUCCUCAAAAUGGCCAAAGAACUUGAAAACGCUGUGAAGAACGCAAGUGGAACCACUGCAGUGCGUGACGCCAAAAAUGCUAUCGAUGCUUACAAGAACAUCACAAACGCCAUUAACGCUGCUGACGCUGCUGCUAAAGAAGCCAAAGAUGCAGCAGAAAAUGCUCUGAAUAAUGUCCAAAACCAGAAACUCACAGAAAGAGCCAAAGACCUAAAGGAUACCGGUGAUGACCUGCUGCAGAAUGCACGGGAAGCAAACCAAACGCUCCAGGAUGCAACUGUAGACCUCAAUGACUUAAAGAAGCGGCUGAAAAAUGCUGACAAGAAAAAGACAUCUUUGGAGAAAGCCCUGCUUGAUGUGAAGAAGGAAUUAAACAACACCAACCGAGAUGACAUUGAAAAUAUGAUCAAUGAAGCCAAACGGAAGGCAGCCGCAGCCAACGAUUCUGCUGCCAACACUAUGGACAGACUGGAUGACAUUAAAAAGGAAAUAGAGAAAAUUAGUCUGUCUCCUGUGGACUCCAACCUUGGCAACAUAUUGGACAUUGUGGACAAGUCAGUGAAUGACUUGUUGACGAAGAUCCCAACUCUGAAUGAUAAGAUCUCCGAGGUGGUGAAUCUGACCUCAAACUUCUCACCCAUCAGCAACAUCUCGGAGAACAUCAAGAAGAUCAAGGACCUUAUUGAACAAGCACGGGACGCAGCCAACAGGAUCUCAAUCCCCAUGAAGUUCAAAGGCGACGGCCAUGUGGAGCUUCGUCCACCCAAGGACCUGGAGGAUCUGAAGGCCUACACGGCCGUCUCUCUGUCCCUGCAGAGACCGGAGAGCAGGUUAGACGGACGACGCCGACGCAGACAAGCCAGAGAGAAAGGAAACAUGUUUGUCUUGUACCUCGGCAACAGAGACUCUUCAAAGAAUUACAUCGGCAUGGCCCUGAGGGACAACGUGCUGUAUGGAGUCUACAAACUCAACGGCGUCGAGUAUGAGAUACAGUCGGGCUACAUCACAAGGUCUGCAUCGGAGCCAGCCACGUUCGACAGAGUGAAUCUGAACAGAAUUUACCAAGAUGCAGAGUUGACCCUCAUCAAAGACAUCACAUCACCCACUCCUGGUAAAGCCAUAACGGAGAACAAACAGGGAGAGGAGAACAAGAACCUGCUGGACAUCACUCCCAACGACAUGGUUUUCUAUGUGGGCGGUUACCCUGCCAACUUCACACCACCAAACUCUCUGAACUACCCCAUGUACGAGGGCUGCAUUGAGUUCAACUCCUUCAACGAUAGAGUCGUCAGUCUGUACAACUUCCAAAACAAAAACAGAGUUAACGUGGAGACGCCGUGCAAGAGAUACAUCCCACCAGAGGAUGCUCUGUACUUUGAGGGCACUGGCUAUAGCAAAGUGUCGAUAGACAAACCAGGUGCUUUCCUGCUAAUAAGUGUGUCCAUACUUAGUCGUUCAGAGAACGGUCUGCUCCUGUACUUGGAGAAUGUGGACAACUACUUCAUCGUCACCGUGGAGAAAGGUGUCGUCACUAUACACAGUGAUCUGCUCACAGCUCCAGUAAAGGGCAUCGAGAAAACAUUCCCGAACGACGAGUGGCUCAGCUUUCUCAUCGUUAUCACAAACAAGGGCAAGUUUUCAGUACGUGUUGCCAAUACUGACGUGGCUGUAACCACUGCAGCGUUCACCAACGAAGGAUUUAAAGAGUUUUAUAUCGGUGGUGCCCCACGAGAUGUGAGGGAAAGACACAACAUCACAAUACAGCCAUUUAAGGCAUGUAUGAAGAACCUGCAGGUCAAUAAAGUUUUCAAAACCGCUGAUGAGCAAGUGGGGGUCAGCAGAGGAUGUCCCCCAACGUCCCUGAUUUCUCGUAAAGCAGAGUUCAGAACUGGCGGUUCCCUGUCAGCUGACCUCCCAGGCUUCAGUCUGGCUGAUGAUGUCACUGUCUCUCUGGGCUUCAAGAGCACACAGAAUCAGGGUCUCCUGCUACAGAAUAAACACCUGGCCAAUGGGAUUAAACUCGCUCUGGACAACGGCCACGUGGUUCUCAGUCUGAACGACAAGAUCUGGAAAUCAAAGAAACAGUAUCAGGACGGCCAGUGGCAUUAUUUGACCGUGACCAGAAGAGCAGGAAGGAUUGAAUUGGUCAUUGAUGAUGAAGAUAAGGGUCAGGAGCAGAGUGGCAGCACAUCCAUACCUGACACAGCCGGGUCCUUGGUCCUGGGACACCACCAGUUUAAAGGCUGUGUUUCCAACCUCUAUACUAGACGGCCAGCAAAACUGUACCAGGCUGAGGACUUAAGCGUCUUCCAGGCAUCUGGAGACGUCCUGGUUGAUGUUUGCACUUCUGACAUUCCAGCUCAGUUGAUGAUCGAUCGUGUUUCUAAGAAGAGGUGAAGAAGGAGGAAGCCAUAAGUCCUGGAGUCGAUGCUGGCCACAGUCCUAUUUUUAUGACAUGAACACCUGCCAGUUUGCACCGUUGAUUUAUUUACAGUGUACCUUUAAUAAAAACCAAAGCAUGCGUGAUGAUCACAUGAAUUGUGGAAAAUGCAAUGUAUCGUUGUCUCUUCUGUUCCAAUCACUCUGCAACGAAUCAAACCUGGUGGAAAACAAAGCCUGGAAUCAUUGCACAUCUCUACUCUUUCCUUCUAACAGUCACUCACAAGCACGUUCCCUCCGAACUCACUGUCACCUCAUCAUCAACAAACACGCCUGAUUAUGAUCUAAUGGAAAUCACUGUCACUGAAACAAUCAAUUUUCAUUCUCAUUCCAUUCUCAGCAUGUUUUUUAAAUCACCAUACAAAUCUUAAUGGAAUUUACACUUUGGGGUCAAAAUGUAUAUUACACUAGUUUUAAAAUUGGAUAAGGAACGUUUCCUAGGUCCCAGUGAAACACACUUGAAUGUCAAAAUCAAUCUCCAGUAUCCAUUUUCUCAAAUUAUUGAACACCUUUAAUUUGAGAAUUUGUGUCAAUAGGACUGUCAUGCACUUUUUGGACAGAUAUUAUAUCUUUAUUAAUGAUGCCAUGGCUGUAAACAUAGUUUUAAACUAGAAACAGUUUUAACAAAACAAAAAAAAAAGUCCAGGGACAUUGUCUCAACUUUUCCCACUUUAUAUUAUUAUUUGUUUUUCACAGGAUUAGUCCAAUACUUACUGAAGAAUUAAGCAACGAUUUUCAAGGCAAAUGAGUAGAACUAAAUUUCUAAAGGCCUGGAAAAUGUGUUUCAAAGUCAUUCACUAUUCAGCCAUGAGCUUGUUUUAGAAAUACUGAUUCAAACUCUAAAUGAAACCACAAACCUGAUCACAUAAAGUGCUACAGAAAAUCAUCCCUUACCUCAAGUCUCCAUUAUACCUUGUUAUCUCUGUAUGGAUCUAUUUAAAAAAAAAAACAAUACAUGAGCAACAGAUUUACUUCGAUAAUAUAGUACACAGUAACAAGCACAAGUCCCAAAACUAGCUGAAAUGAGGCACUGGUUAGACGGCACUAACUCAAGGCACAUUGUGUGACAGUAAGGAGUUGAUUAUUAUUUGUUUCCAAUAUGUUUUAUAAAUUUUAAUUAGCUCUGCCAUUUAAUCAGUGGACAGAAAAUUGCAAAGAUAAACCCGUUUGAUUUUCACGGAGAAUCAGAAAAUCGAUACAUUCACAGUUUAAAAUCAGUUGUUUUUUUUAGAGCCCCUUACUCAAAUUUGUAUGUAAAAUCAUAAAGGUUUUCAUCUAUGAUUUGCCUACUAACCCUAAUGUAGAUAAUACAUAAUAAUCUUCGACAUCAUCACCAUCACCCUACAAUUAUACUUUUCUGUAAUCAUAAUGGAUUUCUAAUCUUAUUCCACUAUUAACAUAACAUUUAUUGUUAGAGAUCAGUGAUUAUUUAAUCAUUCACGUCAACAUGAAAACUAGCAACAACAUCAACUUUAUAUAUAGAUAUAUAUAUAUAAAUAUAUAUCUAUAAACUGUACAUGUACUGUAUAUGUACAUAUAUCUAUAAAGUAAAGUAACGUCUUCCUGUUUUUACAAACCAAUCAGAUUUAAACAAAGUGAUCAUUAUUUAAACACUUGUAUUUGUGAACUUUACAAAACACUCAUUUUGUGUUUUUACUUUUUCAUUAUUCUAGGUAACCAUGUUUUCUUUACUGACUGGAGACCAUCAAAAAGCUGAAAAUCAAAACCUACCAAAUCCAUUU